AUGGCGGCGGCAGGCAUUGCAAUGAUGUUUUCGUAUACUCAACAAUCAGAAGGCGACUAUUUUGCAGAGGAUACUGCAAAGAUGCCGUUUUUACAUACCUGGUCGUUGGCGGUUGAGAUGCAGUUCUAUCUGGUUGCGCCGAUUAUAUUUUUGCUAUCGAGGGUCAAGCUGAAGGAUGAUCGCCAAGUCGGACCUUGGAUCCUCGUCUUAAUUUUUGUAUUGUCACUCUUCUACCGCUGCCAAGCCACCGACAUCUCCGGGUUUUACCGACCACUGGCAAGACUAUGGCAAUUUUUGGCCGGGAUGAUAGCUGCGUAUCACACGGAAGACGAGGAGGAGACCGAGAUCAUAGGUGUUAGUCAACAGAAAGAAAACGCUAUCACGUUGGGAAUGUUGUUCGUGACGUUGAUAGUCUUCUUACCUGUUCAAGUUGAGGGGAAGCAUCUUCACUUGGUGCUCCAGAUUAUCGUUACGGUUGCUGGGGCUCUAUUUUUAUGGAAGGGAGCAAAAAGCACCCUCACCUUCGAAAAUCUUCAUUUCGGCUAUAUUGGCGCCAUUUCUUAUGCACUGUACCUCGUUCAUUUUCCGAUUUUGCGUAUCAGCGAAUACCUCGGCGAUUUUUACAACCAUCAGCCUCUCGUUACCACCACCACUCUCUUUGCCACCUUCAGCACUGCAAUUUUUGCACAUCACAUCUACGAGAAACCUCUUCUGAAAUUUGGGCUUUAUGAUAAUGCAUAUAACACCUUAAAAUAUUUCCUGAUCUGCUGGUUGAUCUUCUGGACGCGGGAAUGGAUCGUGAAGCCGGGAUGUGUUGAGAAUGCGACAGUUGCUGCGAAUGCGAAAUUCCGGAAUAGUGUAUAUCGACUGGAAGGAGGAAAAUUUAUAGAUGAUGGCUUUGGCAAGAGCAAACCCCCUUUUGGACAUUAUUCAUAUCAGAAUAACACUGGCUCUUUGAAGAUUGUGAUCAUUGGUAAUUCGUGGGCGACGCAACAAGCGCAUAUUGUCCGAAAGCUGUUUCCGCCCUCCACUACCAGUUCCAUGGACUUAUUCUCACUAGCUGGUCACUGUAUCGGCAUGCACCAACAAGAUCCCGAGACCGAAUUCGUGAUGAGCUACCUGGAAGGGCUGCAACCGGAUUACAUAUUUGUUUUGUUGCGAUAUGUACUGGAGCUUCAGGACUAUCGAUAUGUCAAAAGGCGGGAUGAUGAAAUUCUGGAAAGAUAUAGGGCUGGAAUUGGCAGAAUGAGCAAAACAACGCAAAAGCUCUUCCUCGAACUCGACAGCCCCUAUAAAUGUGAUGAGAAAAAUGGCAAUGUAUCGACGCUGGACUUCAAAUAUGAUGAACCAGCCUUUCUUCCGCCGGAUCCACGAAAGCGCGCUAGAAAUAAAAAGCGAUGCAAAGGGACGCUUGCAAUUGCUGUAAAGAUUACGCCAAACGACCGACGUCUUAAAAAAUUGCCUCAUCAAGGAUACUAUGGAAAUGCCUGGAUCGUA